AUGGUUGCUCUUGGGCGUCUUCCCUUUCGGUUUAGUGAGCAUCGCGAGCUUGAUGAAUUCAUUAAUAUUGUACGACUUGCGCCAUCAAAGCCAAAGCUUCCAUCCGGCAAAACCCUUCGACGCUAUCUACAGAAAAAAGUCAAAGAAAAACAAGAAACUCUACUCCAAAAGCUUUCACCAAGUGGAAAGCUUUUAAUUGCACUGGACUGCUGGACAUCCCCUUUUAACCAGGCAUUUAUGGCGAUUACUGGUUACUUCCUUGAUCAAGGGUGGAACUAUCGUGAGAUCCUUCUUGGGUUUGAGCCUCUUCACGGCACACAUAAUGGGAGUAAUCUAAGCUUAGUGCUCUUUGAAAUUCUUCAGGCAUAUGGCAUAGUUAAUACAUCUCCGAGAGCCUUCUGGAAAGAGCAUGAACGUGAAUUCCCAGCGUUAUCUAGUCUUGCUCGGGAUGUUCUUGCUAUCCCAGCUAGUGGUGCUGGUGUUGAGCGCCUUUUUAACUCAGCUCGUGAUAUCUGCCACUACCGCCGCGGUCACCUCAAAUCUAGUACAAUCAAAGACUUGAUGAUGUGGAUGUGUACAUCAAAGUUUGAGCUUGAACAAGAGCAGUUAGAUCUAAUGGAAGAGUAUCUCUUAGCUAGUGAGGUCGCUGCUACAGAGGAGGAAAGAGCCCCUUCACAGCUACAGACUGAUUUUCAGCCGGUUAGUGAUGAUGAGGAGGAGGAUGAUUCUGAUAAUAUUUAG